GCCCUGCACUCGCCUUUUAAACGGAUGUCAGAAGUAGUGAACCUACUGUACGGCCGUGCCUACCGCUCGGACCAUGGCGGAAGACGACGACACGAAAAUUCGGGUUUUGCAAAGUCUCCGGGGGAAGAUCUGUGAAGCGAAGAAUCUGGGUUCCUGUUCCGGGCCGAACUGGCUCCGGGAUGGCUGCACCUUCUGCACCAUCAGCCUGGAUCAGGAGGAGGUGUACCGCACCAAAGUGUUUGAGAAAAAUCUCAGUCCUUUCUAUGGAGAAGACUUCUAUUUUGAAAUCCCGCGGGCGUUUCAGUAUUUGUCUUUCUACGUUUAUGCGAAGACUGUUUUCCAGAGGGACCUCCCUGUAGGAAAAGUGGCGAUUCGCAAAGAGGAUUUGAGUAAGUACAGCGGGAAGGAGCACUGGUUCGGCCUGCAACCUGUGGAUGCUAACUCCGAGGUCCAGGGAAAGGUCCAUCUGGAGAUGCGGCUAAAUGAAGUCAUCACGGAUAACGGAUCUGUGUGUCAGCAGCUGGUGGUCCGCAUCAUUGAGUGUCAGGGUCUCCCCUUGGUCAACGGGCAGAGCUGUGACCCCUACGCUAUGGUGUCCCUCAUGGGACCUGCCAGAUCUGACCAUAAGAAGACCAAAGUGAAGAAGAAAACCAGCAACCCCCAGUUUGGAGAGACCUUCUACUUUGAGGUGACCCGGUCCAGCAGCUAUACUAAGAAGUCUCACUUCCAGGUGGAAGAGGAAGACAUCGACAAGCUGGAGAUUAAGGUCGACCUGUGGAACAACAGCUUGGCCCAGGAUGUUUUCCUCGGAGAGACUAGAGUUUCAGUUAAGAUUCUGCGCAGAAACUCUAUUCACCAGGCCUGGUACUUAUUACAACCGAAGGGCAACUGCAAGACAUCAAAGGUGGACGAGCUUGGAUCCCUACGCCUGAACGUGACCUACAUCGAGGACACGGUGCUGCAAUCAGCCUGCUACGAGCGGCUCCGUGCGCUGAUGCUCAAGUCCCCGGAUGUGAAGCCCAUCUCUGCAUCGGCAGCCCACAUCCUGGGGGACCUGUGCCGAGAGCGCUACGAGGCCGUGCUGCCCAUGGUGCGCCUGCUGCUGCACCACAACAACCUGGUGCCUUUUGUGACGGCCGUGGCGGCACUGGAGCUGGAGAACACGCAGGAAGCAAACACCAUAUUUCGAGGCAACUCGCUGGCGACGCGCUGCAUCGACGACAUGAUGAAGGUAGUGGGCCGAAGUUACCUGACCAUGACCCUCAAGCCUGUCUUGGAGGAGAUCUGCGACUCCAACAAAUCAUGUGAAAUUGAUCCGUUAAAACAAAAAGAUGGAGACAAUCCAGAUGCCAACAAGGAGAAUCUGCAGCAGUUCGUGCAGAAGGUCUUCUCCUCCAUCACGCAGUCCAGCGUCAGCUGCCCGCCCAUCAUGUCUGAUGUCUUUCGCUCCCUAAGACAACUGGCUACUAAGCGUUUUCCCGACGAUCCGCAUGUCCAGUAUUCGGCGGUCAGCAGCUUCGUGUUCCUGCGCUUCUUCGCCGUCGCUGUUCUGUCCCCGCACACCUACCAGCUCCGCCCUCACCACCCGGACAAUGAGCUGACCCGCACCCUGACCCUCAUCUCCAAAACCAUCCAGACUCUCGGCAGCUGGGGCAGCUUGUCGAGGAAUAAGCUGUCCAGUUUUAAGGAGUCCUACAUGUAUGAAUUCUUCAAAUCAUUCCAAGAAGAGAAAUAUGUUGAAGAAGUUAAGAAGUUCUUAGAUGAGAUUUCCUCCAACGUGAGUAAGGGCUCCGUCGGGGUGGAGGACGCCUUGGUGCUGAGAGAAGGGGAGGUACAGAAACGAGCACAGGGCAGGAAGCGGAUUGGCAAGAACUUCAAGAAGCGUUGGCUUCGUGUGACCAAUCGGGAGCUGUCUUACCACAAACAUAAGGGAAAGGAGCCUCUGUGUGUCAUUCCAGUGGAGGACAUCCUGGGGGUGGAGAAAGUGGAUGACAACGCUUUCAGUCGGAAGAACGUGAGUGUCGCCCGACCCCCGCGGCAGAACGGCGGGGUGUGGAGUCUCCGGGUGUGUGAUGGCCUGUUCUCCUCCCAGAUGUUCCAGGUGAUGCUCUCAGAGAGGCCUCUCUACAUCCAGGCCAGUAAUUGCGUGGAGGUCUGCGAGUGGCUGGAGGUGCUGGGCCAGGUGAGCCGCUGUAACCCGGGGCGACGGAGUCACCACCAUCCCUCUGCCUACGUGUCCGGGGCUUGGCUCUGCUGCCGCGCCCUGAAUGAAAGCCACCCCGGCUGCAAGCCUUGCACUCCCAGCCUAGCCAGCCUUCAGCUAGAGAUCGACUGUGACCGAGAAACCGAAAGGAUCUUCUCCCUCUUUUCUGCCAACUAUUCUAAGCUGCAGAAAAUGGAAGAUGCCUGUGCCAGCAUUGCUGUGUACCAGGGUCCUCAGAAGGAGCAAGAGGAAUACUCUCUAUUCACCAUCCAGGACCCCAAAGAGACCUUCCGCACCAUCCAGGAGAUCCGUGCAGUCCUGCAGGACUUAAGGGAGCAGCAUGAGGCCACUAGGAACGCCCUAGGAACUGCCAAGUACGGCAGUCAGGAAAACCCCAUAGUUGGAAAAGGUUGUUAGCACAUGGCCAAGACUGCGAUCAGCCAUUGCGAUCAGCCAUGCGAUCAGCGUGACAGUCGCAAGUUUAACACUGGAGCAACACGGAAUCAGAACGUACACUGGGAAUGCUGCUCGCCGGGGAUGGAGAAAUGGCCACACCUGAUUUCGAGAUGUAGACAGAAAGGUGGGACCAGGAAGGCAGACGUGAUGUUUGCCUGGUUUCUUAUUGGUUUUUUUCUCCAAAGCCAGUCCGGAAGCUGUUUUGUGUUUCUCUUUCCUCUUCAAUCGGUUCUUUUCCAGUUUUUUGAGGGAAGUCUUUCAGGAAUCCUUUAGGUAUGAGUUGCCGCUGAAGUUGAAAUAUGUUUUGUGGUUUCUUUAGCUGUGAAAGCAGAACGUGAUUUCUGUAAAUAGUCAAAAUGCUUUCUUGGAAAUUUUUGAUUUUUGUCGUUCUUGGUCAGUCGGCCGCGGUCUUCCCGCGCCUUUCUGUUGUGCCGUCUCUGACGUUCAGACUAGAUAUCUAUCAACACCUAGGAACGUCUUGGUGGAGGGAACAUUCUGCAUGUCUUCUAACAUACUUUCAUUUGAGUGAUUAACGGGCGUUUCCUUGUUUCCUUUUAUUUAUAGAUGUACAUAACUUUUUUUCCUUUUGUCAUUUGUGGGGGAGAAAUGUUUGAAGCACUUUAUAUUUGGAAUAUUCCAGAUUGAAUUAUUUCGAUACUUAGUAUCAUCUUACUCUGUAUUGAUCAGUUAAAUGAUCACACCAGAUUUUUGUAAUUCUUGUGCAGUGAGGAUUUUUUUUAUAUUUUCUGACACCAAAGAACUCGAGGUCAACUUGAAAAGGAAAACCGUAUAUUUUGGACGGACAUUUUAAAAAGUGGAAAAAAAAAAAUCUGUUAUGCUGUUUUCACUGUGUGUUGUAUGUGUGUUGUAUGUGUGUGUCUACCCAAACACUCCUGUUUUUCACAUUUUGUCACCUUUCUCUCUGACCCAUGGCUGCAGGUCACCGUUAAUAUCAUGAUUGUGUCCAGUCUUAGCCUUUUGUUUAUACGACCCCAGGUUGAAGGGACCCGCUUGUGCCUCAUUUUGUGCCUGGGGCCAUUCGCUACACUGCUGAUGCUUAUGAGACAUUUGCCUCACCUCCAACUCCCCCCUCCCCCCAAGAUGUUAAUCAGACGAUGUUUACGUAGUCAUGUCAUCGCUCUAAUAUUGGUUUUACCCAUAAUUUGAAUUAAAUAAUAUUAACGGCGGAUAUAAACUUGAACUUCAGCAAAAAGUGAAACAUUUUGUCUCUGGAGAUGUUAGCAAUCGGUCUGUAGGAUUGUAUUUCUAACGCGUUGUAUUUUUAAUUGUGCAAAUCGGUACUUUGGAUUUUACUCUUCAAACGAAGGUACUUCAGAUGGUUGCAGUAAGUGAGCGUGUUGCUUGUUUGUCGAAUAAUGCUACUGUACUGAAUUGUGUGAGGGGUUGAGAUGUGUGUGAGGGUGGUUCAUACCGUUGCCUUGUGGUACUUUUUAAACAGACUGAACCGUACAAUAUUUUAUUCAUCUGCCAAUCCAGCCAUACUCACCGUACGGUACUAUUGUAUGACUAUACCGUAUGUUACUGCGCGCUUUUUCCAAUUUUAUUGCACUGUACUUCACUCCCAUGCCAGUUUAAACAGUCUAGUACUGUUUACUAUACAGUACUCAUACCCUGUAAGAAAGUGCUGUGCGGUACUGUAUUUAAAUUCCAUAAUCUCUCCAAGUUUAUGUUCCUGUCACAUGGCCUUUCAGUUUGUUUGCUUCUACACGUGUUUAAAUCAUGAAGAAUUCUUAAUAUCGUGGGUUCAAUCUUAAUGUUUGUCCACUGAUUAUUUUUUUAGUUUUUUUUUUUUUGUUCGUUUUGUGUUUUUCCUCAUAAACGAGGGCGGAGAUUUCAAUGACGGAAAAUUCGAUCACUGAAUAUUCUAGGGAAGUCAGUCAUGUCGAAGGCCUUGUUGACUUGUCAUGGGCAGCUUUCAGCAUACGCUCCAGUCUGGUAUUCAUUGUCGUUUUACACAUCUAAGUUACCAUAUACUACUCUGCUAGAUGGCGCCCUCUGUAUCCCAGUGUGGCGAGCUCACUGCCAGUACCAGAGGAUACAUUAGGCACAACCUUUGAGAUCAGCUCCCUGGCACUUUUGAGUAAUGAAUCAAGAUACUGCCCCUCAGAUCUGCAUGACUUAAUGCAGUUCUUUCAGAUCUGUGACCUCUGACAGCAAAAUGGUAUAGUUCAGCCAGCGCUGUGACCACAGGAUGAUGCGUUUCGGAAAGUACCAUUAGAUUAACGAUGGGGGUGGCGAUGCUUCUCUGCCCUCUCCACUCUUUCUAAUCGUUUCCCUAAUCACAGGAAGAAAAAAAACUAGUUGACUAUACUAAAUAUAUUGGAAUGUUUUUGUUUUAUUUAAACUUUUAUAGUUUUUUAAAACAAAUUAAUAUUCUUUUUAUUGUUGCUGGAAAUAUUUUACAAUAAAAAAAAAAAUGUUGUCGGCUCUA